AUGGAAGAAAUAGAUGGUCAUUAUGUCACCUUCCCCAGCCUGCAGUUACAGUUGUUUAGUUCGUCAGCCAUGGAUAGUCUUCACCUCCUUUCAUGCAUAACAUCGAGAGAAACAUUAAAUGCUUGUUUUUCAAAUAGGGAAGGUGAUAUUGCGUGUCUGAAAUCGAGAACGAGCAAUGGGGGUGGCUCGAUCCAAGUUAAUGAGAAUCGUUCAUAUCAAAGUUCUCAGUGCAGAGCUGAUUACACAUCAUCUUCUUCGGGGUCUGACCCUUCACCAUCUAGCAUGGACUCUGAUUCUCAGGUUCAAAGAUUGGGUUACUGA